AUGAGUAGUGAUAAAUAUGUUAAAAACUGUUCGGGUCAAAGGACUCCCACACCUACCAUUCAUUUGAGUUUUGAAAGGGUUGAAAUUGCAAUAGAUGUUGCACAUAGGAAACUUGCUACAUACGAAAUACUGCUUGAACUCAGGGUAAUCAAUGUUAAGCUUAAGAGAGCUGCAAUAAUCUUCAGGGAACCAAUUGUAACUGGUCCAAUGUUAGACUCUUACUCUACAAGUCUUGCAAUGGUACCUAAAGGCAACAUUAAGAAGCUACAUAAGAUAUCCACGAAGUCGUUUUCUGCUUCAGCAAAUAAGACUUUGUUCGUGCAUUUGUUCACCAAAAGUUUCAAUGACACUUGCACAUCUGCUUGA